CUACCGAUGGAUCAAGAACGGCAAGAAAUUCGAUUGGCAAGCUUACGACAAUCGCAUGCUGCAGCAGCCCGGUCGAGGUACGCUCGUAAUCACGUCACCCAAGGACGAGGAUAUGGGUCAGUAUCAGUGUUUCGCUGAAAACGAAUUCGGUACAGCCACAUCGAACUCUGUGUUUGUGCGUAAAGCCGAACUGAAUGCAUUCAAAGAUGAGGUAGCGAAAACGAUUGAAACAAACGAAGGUGAACCGUUCUCACUGAGUUGUGAAGCACCGGAUGGUUGGCCCAAGCCCAUUGUGAACUGGCUGAUACAACAUUCAUUGGAUGGCACCAUUAAAUCGAUAAACGAUUCGCGCAUGACACUCGAUCCCGAAGGCACACUCUGGUUCUCGAAUGUAACACGUGGAGAUGCCUCUGACGAUUUCUUCUAUGCCUGUUCGGCUACCUCGGUAUUCCGUAAUGAAUACAAAAUCGGCAAUAAGGUACUAUUGGAUGUGAAACAGACCGGCAUCAGCGCCGCACAGAACAAACAACCACCAAAGAGGCAAUACGUGACGCGCAAGAACGAAGUGGCGUUACGUGGUAAACGCGUUGAGCUUUAUUGUAUUUUUGGUGGCACCCCGCUGCCGCAAACGGUGUGGUCCAAGAAUGGCGCACCCAUACAGUGGAGUGAUAGAGUAACGCAGGGUCAUUACGGUAAAUCGCUGGUCUUCAGGCAGGCAAGUUUCGACGAUGAGGGCACCUACACGUGCGACGUUUCUAACGGUGUUGGCAAUGCACAAUCAUACUCCAUCAAUUUGAAAAUUUGGGCCACACCAUAUUUCACCAAAGAACCAGAGAUCCAGAAUGCCGCCGAAGAUGAAUCAGUCGAAUUUGAGUGUGCGGCUGCUGGUAAUCCCGAGCCCACUAUUCAAUGGAUUCACAAUGGCAAACCGAUUGCACAAGCAGCACCCAAUCCACGCCGUACAGUGCAGAGUAAUCGCAUUAUCAUACGCGAUCUCGUCAAGGCCGAUACCGGCAAUUAUGGCUGUAACGCUACCAACUCGCUUGGCUAUGUCUACAAGGAUGUGUACCUAAAUGUGUUGGCACUGCCACCAGAGAUCCAGGAAGCGCCGCGUAAGGAAGCAACAGUCGAUGGCAAGAACGUUACAUUGCGUUGUCGCGUCUUUGGUGCACCCAAGCCACAAGUCAAAUGGAUACACAACCAUCAGGAGUUGACCGGUGGACGUUACAACACACUACCCUCGGGAGAUUUGGAGAUCCAAGAAGUUGCAUUCAGCGAUGAGGGCGACUACACUUGCUUUGCCACUAACAAAUUCGGCAGCAAAUCGGCGAAUGGAUCGUUGACAGUCAUGAAGCGCACAAGCAUCAUUCACGAGCCACAGAAUUAUGAGGUUGCCGCUGGAAAAUCGGCGACAUUCCGUUGUAAUGAGGAGCAUGACGAAAAACUAGAUCUGGAGAUUGAAUGGUGGAAAGACGGCCAACCCAUUGAUUUCGAAUCAGAGGCACGUUUUGUUAAGACCAAUGACAAUUCGCUGACCAUACCCAAGACUGUUGAAUUGGAUUCGGGCGAGUACACUUGUGUAGCGCGCACACAGUUGGACGAAGCUUCAGCUAAAGCCAAUCUCAUAGUACAGGACGUUCCAAACGCGCCACGCCUAGUCGGUAUCGUAUGCAUGGCUAAUAGGAUAAAAGUCACCUGGGAGCCACAGGGUGACAAUCGUUCUCCAAUUCUAUACUACACCCUCGAAUUCAAUACUUCCUUCACGCCCGACUCUUGGGAUAUCUCGUAUGAGAAAGUUCCCUCCACCGAGGUUGCAUUUGUCGUUGAUUUAACACCCUGGGCUAACUACACCUUCCGUGUGAAAGCCAUCAACAAAAUCGGACCGUCGCCGCCAUCUGAGAACAGUGAAGUAUGCACAACGCCAGCAGAUGUGCCCUACAAGAACCCGGACAAUGUUCAAGGCAUGGGAACUGAGCCCAAUAACUUGGUUAUAUCAUGGACGCCAAUGCCAGAAAUUGAUCACAAUGCACCGGACUUCCAUUACCGCCUCUCGUGGAAACGCGAUAUACCUGCAGCCUCCUGGGAGAGUAGAGACAUCUACGAUUGGCGGCAGAGUAAUAUGGUAAUACCAGAUCAGCCAACCUAUGUACCAUACCUGAUCAAAGUAGUGGCUAUAAAUCAAAAAGGUGAAGCAAAUGUGGCGCCCACAGAAGUAGUAGGCUAUUCAGGCGAAGAUCGUCCCUUGGAAGCUCCCACUAACUUCAGCAUGGUUCAAGUCACAGCCGCUACCACAGCUAUGCUGCGCUGGAAUCACGUCAGCCCCGAAUCAGUACGUGGUCGCUUCAAGGGCUACAAAAUCCAAACUUGGACCGAGAAGGAGGGUGAGGAAGCGCUGCGCGAAAUACACGUUGAUGCGAUUUCCGAUCAGGCGCUCGUGACACAAUUCAAACCCGACUCGAAGAACUUUGCGCGUGUGCUCGCCUACAAUGGACGCUUUAAUGGCCCACCAAGUGUGGUCAUCGAUUUCGAUACACCGGAAGGUGUGCCAUCACCAGUACAAUCAUUGGAUGCCUACCCGCUGGGUUCAUCUGCCUUCUGGUUGACAUGGAAGAAACCAUUGCAGCCAAAUGGUAAAUUGACCGGCUGCAAAAUCUACUACGAAGAAGUGAAGGGAAGCUAUGUAAGCGAGCGACGUGAACUCGAACCGCACAUUACCGAUCCACGACAGACGAGCACCAAAAUGGCUGGUUUGCACCCAAAUACUAAGUAUAGAAUUUCCAUAACAGCGACAACAAAAAUGGGCGAGGGAUCAGAGCACUUUAUUGAGAAACGUACAUUACCAGAGGACUCACAGAAGCCAGCCGUACCUGCAUUCGCUUGGGAGCAAUUGCCAUCCGAUAAUGGUUUUGCUAAAUAUCGCAUAAACUGGCAUCCCAGCACCGAAGGGCAUGCGGGCACACACUUCUACACACAAUACAGAAUCAAAGGUGAGCCCAACUUCGUUAAAGUGGAUCCGGAAUUUACCAGAGACUUCCAAGAGAUCGCUGGUCUUGACCCCGACAAUGUUUACGAAUUCCGCGUGGUCGCAGUUGAUGGACUCCACGAAACACCCAGUGAACUAAGAGAAAUCGUUGUUGAAGGACCUACUAAAGUGCCCAAUCAGAAUGUGGCAAAUGCUGGCUGGUUCAUUGGCAUGAUGUUGGCUUUGGCUUUCAUUAUUAUACUUUUCAUUAUUAUUUGCAUAAUACGACGCAAUCGUGGUGGCAAAUAUGAUGUACAUGAUCGUGAAUUGGCGAACGGCCGUCGUGACUAUCCGGACGAAGGUGGAUUCCAUGAAUACUCACAGCCUUUGGAUAACAAGAGCGCUGGUCGCCAAUCGGUUAGUUCGGCGAACAAGCCAGGUGUGGAAAGUGAUACCGAUUCCAUGGCUGAAUAUGGUGAUGGUGAUACAGCUCAAUUCACCGAGGAUGGUUCCUUCAUAGGUCAAUAUGUGCCCGGUAAACUACAGCCGCCGGUUAGUCCUCAGCCCAUCAACAAUACACCAGCAGCGCAUCAAUCGCCAACAGCGCCGCCAGCGCCAACGCAAGGUACCACCACUUCGAAUACAGCCGCUGUGGCCACCUAUGUUUAGGUGAUAGCAACUGCUAGUGAA